CGUUUCCGCGCCGCAUGAAGUCAAACACACCUUUUGUCUUUUCUUGUUGUACUACGUACAGGCGGUAGCUUAAUUUGGUUAAACGAAGCACCAAACUUAAGCCUUGUCAACUUGACGUGAUUGACCGGUGACAGAUCUGCAGUCUUACAAGGUUUGCAGCUCAGGCAGAUUGUCAGAUGAAGACCCAGGAUCACAGAAUCUGAACGCAAUAACCACCUCCCUCCCACACAGGCACGCGCCCGUGCGUUUGCAACACCGCAAGUCUCGCGAGAAUCACGGGGAGCGAAAAAGGAAGUUCGUCCUUUUUAAAGAUGGCGACCCCCUAUGUGACUGAUGAAUCUGGUAAAUAUAUUGCCGCCACACAGCGUCCGGACGGCACGUGGAGGAAACCGCGGCGGGUGAAGGAUGGAUAUGUACCGCAGGAGGAGGUACCGGUCUAUGAAAACAAGUAUGUAAAAUUCUUCAAGAGUAAACCAGACCUGCCACCCGGGAUGAACCCGGAGGAUGCGGCUGUGGCCCGUCAGCAGCAGGUUUCGAGCGCAACAGACAAGCAGAGCGAUGCAGCCGGACUCUCAAAAACAGCCAAGCGCAACAUGAAGCGCAAAGAGAAACGCAAACAGCAGAACCAGAACCAUCAGGAGACCAGUGAGGAGGUCUUGACUAAAGACAUGGAUGGAAUGGAUAUCUCUGCAGAGGAGAAGAGGGUCAGCCCCGACCCAAACCUGGACCCUGUCAGCACGGAUACGUCCGCAGCUGCUGCAGAGAAGGCCAAGAAGAUAAAGAACCUACGUAAGAAGCUGCGGCAGGUGGAGGAACUCCAACAAAAGUUGGAUUCUGGAGAGCUGAAAAACCCCAGCAAGGAACAGCUGGAAAAACUGGGGCGGGGCCAGGCGUUACAGGAGGAGCUUGAGAUCCUGGAACGGGAUUUGUAAACUGAAUGAGCGGGAUUGUGGCUUUGAGUUAUUUGGAGGCUCAGAUGAUCAAAUGAAGUGUUUGUGUCCAACAUGUCAAGUUGUAUUUUUGUGUCAAUUCAAGUGGGCAGCAGCCAUUUUUGUGUUUUAUACAUAAUGAAGAUAGGGGAACGUCUUGCACUCCGGACUCUUAAAGCAGGUCAUUGGUAGAACCUACACUUCAUUUAAAUCGGUGUUUCCCAAUCCUAACCCUCGCGUAUCCCCUCCCAGAAUGGGUUAGUUGUCUCCUUAUUUACAACACCUGGUUCAACUCACCACCUUGUUAGGGAGACAUGUUACCAAUUCUGUAAGGACGGUUUCAAAUAAGGAGACAUCUAAAACAUUCUGGGAGAGGGUACCAGGUUUGGCAAACACUCAUCUAAAUUGAUCAUGAUAUCACUCUCUAAACUAGUUUGUGAGCUUACAUUGACCGAUGGAACUAAAAUCCCAUGGUUUGAUAAACAUUUUUUUACCAUUGUUGUGAAUAAUGGCAUGAAUAUUAAUCUGUAGAAUUGUGUUAUAAUAAAUGUAGCAUAAAAAUGAAA